UGCUUCAAAGCAUCAGACGCGUCCCACGCGGGUUUUGACGUUCGGACAUUGGGGAGUACAGCAUUUUGGGCGAAUUUCUGUCGAUUGACAUAUCCGUGAUAUGGUUACGGCAGAUAUGGCGUCUUCAGAGCCUAUCCACCCUCCAGUCACCUGGGCACAGCGGAAUCACCUCAUAUUUCUCACAAUAUAUGUAGAAGAUGCAAAAAACCCUGAAAUUAAAGUGGAGGGAAACAGGCUUCACUUCAGAGGAACAGGAGGACCAGAGAAGAAAACAUUUGAAGUAGACAUGGAAUUGUACAAAGAUGUUAACUCAGAGACGUCAAAGCAACUCGUGUCGGGCCGGGCGGUCGAAUUCGUGCUCAUGAAGGCCGAGGAGGGCCCCUACUGGCCCCGGUUGCUCAAGGACUCCAAGAAGUGUCACUGGCUGAAGGUAGACUUCAACCGGUGGAAGGACGAGGACGAGAGCGACGACGAAGGAGGUGCCCGCGGUAGUGGCGGUGGCGACAACCCCGACAUCGAGGCGAUGAUGCAACAAAUGGGCGGCCUCGGUGGCGUGGGCGGUAUGGCCGGUAUGCCGGGUAUGGCCGGUAUGCCGGGCAUGGCCGGUAUGCCGGGCAUGGCCGGUAUGCCGGGUAUGGACGCCAUGGCCGGCAUGGGGGGCGACGACAAGGCGGGUGUAGACGAACCGGAGGAGGACUCCGAUGACGGGGACCUGCCCGAUUUGGAGGAUUAGUCGCCGACCACCGGUCAGUGGCGCCGCCCGCCACCUCAACCAGACACAAGCGACGCACCAGCACAGAGCUCAUCAGCACGACUGCCGCUCAGCGGCGGCCGCAGUGACGAACAGGCCGUCUUUGGCGGCCGGCCGCCGUGCGCUGCGCCCCCGUUAUGCUCCGUUCCGAGUUGUCAUGGCGUACCGUACUCCGUUCCUCGUCCCCGCCAUUCACAUGUGUUGUGAUAGCGUUGCGUCCGUGGCGACCCGCCUCCACGGCCGCGGGGCUCUUGUGACCUGAUGUCGGGGUGAAAUGUGCUGGCUGCCGACGCGAGCCGAUUCUGGAUUUUAAAUAAAACCAUAUGUAUUGCUUCACCCAUA